AUGCCUCCCAAAAAUAGGAAGAAAGCUCCCCGCCAGAAAAAGCAAUCUUCCGACUCAUCGACCUUAACAUCCCCGAUCCCAACUACCAAUUACCGAGAAAUUCACCUUAAUGAGGUGGCAGCGCUUCGCUCAAUCUAUGGCGAUGAUUUUGAAGACGUCGAAAACCGGCCAUCAGCAUGGCAGCAAUCCUCGAACGUGAUUUUUAAGCUCCACCUUCGGGCCUCCUCCAAUCCAGAUAUCUGUCUAAGGCUUCUAGUUGAGCUGCCUGCCACCUACCCUAAAAGCGUCCCUAAUCUUUCUCUGAACAACUUGGACGACUUUCGCGAUGGGGCCCGCUCCCGCAUUCAAGAAAUCAUUCGCGAAAAGCCCGCUUCCCUCUUGGGGUCUGAAAUGAUUUAUGAGCUGGCGGUAUCGAUCCAGGAUAUUCUGGAGGAUGUAGCGCAAGCGCGUGAGCAGAAUAAAGACCUCCCCAGUCUUGAAGAGGAGCGGAUGGAACAAAAAGCGGCAGCCAUUCAACGUGCGGAGCUUGAAAAGCAGGAGGAAAUUCGCAAACAGGAAGCUGCUAGUGCGGCGGAAGAGCACGCUCUGCAGGCAAUGCUUCAGGAUAAGAUUCGGCAGCGAAACCGAGUCCGAGCUUUGCGACGCAAGAGCCGCACUAGUGGGGUGGACUCCAAUGAAGUGGAUGAUCUUGUGGAGAACACGCCGGGUGCUAUUUCCUUUGACCCGCCGGUGGCUGUACAUGAUACUGAUGGUCAACCAUUGGUGUUCCGUGCCGUGCAUGGAAAAACACUACUGCACUCCCAACAGGCUAAGACAACAUACACUGUGAGGCCAGUUGUAUCCGAAGGUCGGUGCCAUGUCCCGCAACUAGUCCUCAAGGAGAUAUUCCUAGAUGAGAAAAGCUCGAAUGUUGUUUCAUUCCGUGAGCAGAUGCGGACCAGCGAGGAUAAAUUGGAGAGCCUGAAACGACUUCGGCAUCCCAAUGUAGUUGAUUUUGUAGGAUUCAAAAUCACUCGUCCUAUUAGCGAUUUCAAUUCGUCGGAUGAUCUGUGGACCGUGUAUGCUCUCUUUGAGCAUGCUAACAAAGGCUCGCUCUCUGAACUUCUUGAUAUUGUCGGUACUGUUGCAGUUGAGACACUCCGCGGCUGGAUGAUUCAACUUCUCGAAGCCCUGGAAUUUUAUCGCCGGAGCGGAUUUGUCCAUGGAACUAUCAACUGUGGCCGAGUCAUGAUAUUCAGGAAUGGAUCCGGUGCAACGACUGUAAAGCUACAGUCUAGCGUGGAAGAGGCUCUGCCAGACUCCCCUGGUACAAAGCGUUCUCUGAAUGCAUCCAAGUCGCCACUAUGGAUUCCUCCUGAGCUGACACAGGAGGGCGCUCUACCAACUAUGAAGACUGAUGUCUGGGACCUGGGCAUUGUUAUGCUGCAGAUGGCCUUCGGAAAAGAUGUCUUGCUAAGAUAUACCUCUGCCAACCAAUUAAUGGUUUCCUUAGGUCUCUCCCCGUCAUUGCAGGAUCUACUUCGGGAGUUCUUCCGACCUGACCCCAAGAAACGUGCGACUGCCUUCCAACUGCUGCCGUCGGAGUUCUUCCGGGUUGAUGCGCCUUUAACAAUGCGUGAAAGAACUUCCAAUUCUGUAUCCAUGCAGAGGAGGCCCCGACUGGACUCUUUUGGCACCCUCCCAACAUUCUCGCGAUACCAUCACGAUUUUGACGAAGCGGGCCACCUCGGACGAGGUGGAUUUGGACAAGUCGUCAAAGCAAGAAAUAAGCUCGAUGGUCGAUUUUAUGCCGUCAAAAAGAUCACCGAGUCCUCCGCCCCAGCGUUGAAGGAUACCCUAUCUGAAAUUAUGCUUCUUUCGCGAUUGAACAACCCCUAUGUCGUUCGGUACUAUACCGCGUGGCUAGAGGAAGAUUUCCAUCACAUUUAUGAAGAGGCCAUUUCAUCUACCGACGGUGAUUCAUUUGGCAGCCAGGAUCAUCGUGAACUGAGCCCUGGUGGUCUUGAUUUUAUUAGUUCCAGCGGGUAUCCCAAGAUUGAAUUUGCUGCCAGCGAUAGUGAUGAAGAAAAUGAGGGAACAAUCUCAGAGCGUCGUCAUCAAGAUUCGCCUGGAUGGUACGCAACGGACAGCAAAGACAGUACUGAGCUUAGCCACACUAGAUCUGGCUCAUACGGUCGUCCGGUCUUGAAUACCCUGUACAUUCAAAUGGAGUAUUGUGAGAAGCACACACUGCGGGAUCUGAUCAAGAACGGCUUGUGUGAUGAUGUCGAUCGGUCAUGGCGCCUUUUCCGACAGAUUCUUGAUGGUCUGAGCCAUAUACAUAGCCACGGCAUUAUUCAUCGCGACUUGAAACCGGACAAUAUCUUCAUCGAUGUUGCCAACAACCCUCGCAUUGGUGAUUUUGGUCUCGCUACUAGCGGUCAAUUCACGACAGCAGUACGUUCGUCCGCCCCAGGUGAUUUUGAUGGCAAUUUCACCCGUAGUCUGGGAACGACCUACUAUGUCGCACCGGAGAUGAAGUCAGGAAAUGCGGGUCAGUACAACGAGAAAGUUGAUAUGUUCUCCCUUGGUGUCAUUUUCUUCGAGAUGUGUCAUCCGCUGCCGACAGGCAUGGAGCGUGAUGAAACGCUUCGAGCGAUCAGAGAGCCUGAUCAUAAACUCCCAUCUACUUUUGAACAAUCUGAAAAGUUUGUUCAAGGCCAAAUCAUUGAGUCUCUUCUCAAUCACACGCCUAGCGAACGGCCAACAGCUGUCGAGCUGCUGUCUAGUGGAAGGAUUCCUCUUCAGGUUGAAGAAGAGACCUUUCGACGUGCAAUUGUGCAUCUGCUCUCCGAUCCAAACUCCCCUGAUUACAAGAAAAUUCUCUCUGCGAUAUUUUCACAAUCGCCGAAGAAAUUCGAGGAUAUCGCUUGGGAUAUGGACUCUCACGGGGCCCCAGCUGCGAAUGAGCUACUCGUUAAAGGCCUUGUCCAGGAGAGAUUGACUUCCAUCUUCCGAAGACAUGGCGCCGUGGAAUCGGCGAGACAAAUGCUAUUCCCACGAUCUCACCAUUAUUCCAGCCAAGCCGUGCGGUUGUUGGAUGUUUCAGGUCACCUUCUACAACUGCCGUUUGAUCUCACACUCCCAAAUGCGCGUGCAAUUCCCCGACAGGAUCGCUCGCUGGAAAAGACAUUUGCUUUUGGAACUGUUUACAGAGAUUCGGCUCAUGGAAGUGAGCCCCGGACUCAUCGGGAGGUGGACUUCGAUAUCGUUUCCUACAACACUUUGGAUCUUGCUCUGAAAGAGGCCGAGGUCAUCAAAGUAGUAGACGAGAUUAUUGAAGAAUUUCCGCCCCUCCGGUCAGCUUCAAUGUGCUUCCUUGUCAAUCACUCUGAUCUCCUACAGCUUAUCAUGGAAUUCUGUCGCAUUACUGCUUCUCAAAUUCCGUUGGUGAAAGAGAUUAUCAGCAAACUCAAUGUUGGGAAAUGGACGAUGCAAAAGAUUCGCAGUGAACUUCGGUCUCCAUCGAUUGGUGUGGCGUCUACCUCGCUGGACGACCUUGCUCGGUUUGACUUCAGAGAUACACCGAAAGAAACGCAGCGGAGACUGCAAGCCAUUAUGGAAGGCACCGAAUACGCAGAUCGAGUUCCCGCCAUCUUUGCUCGCUUGAACCUGCUCAUGACCUACCUGCAAAGCUUUGGUGUGAAACGCAAAAUCUACAUCAACCCUCUGAGCAGCUUGAACGACAAGUUCUACCGAGGAAGCAUACUUUUCCAAUGUGUCUUCGAUCAAAAGCGCCGUGAUGUCUUCGCUGCAGGUGGCCGAUAUGACCGUCUGAUCCAAGAAUUCUCGCCGAAGGCCCUGUCCAGUCGGCCACAAGCACACGCUGUCGGAUUCAACCUCAGCUCCGAUCGACUUGUAAUGUCAAUGGCCGGAUACCUCCAAACCAGAGCCCCUCCAAAAGAAACAGACACCGGCGCAGAUUACUGGACAACCCGCAGAUGCGAUGUCCUGGUCGCCAGUUUCGAUCCAACGGUCCUCCGUACGACCGGAAUAAAGAUCGCUGAAGACCUCUGGACGAACGACAUCAGCGCCGAAAUAGCCGUGGACGCCUCCUCUCUGGAAGAGUUAAUGGCGAAAUACCGGGAGCACAACCACCGCUGGAUCGUAAUCGCAAAGGCAGACAGCAAGGAACGUGGCUACAAAGUCCGCAAUCUAGUCCGUCGCGAAGAAUUCGACAUCCGAAGCUCAGAGCUAAUCCCCUGGCUCCGAUCCGAAGUCCAGGCCCGUCACCACCGCGAAGGAACGUCCGAACAACGUCAAUUCCGCCAACCAAACCAGCAAGACGCAAUCCAAUCCAACGAAAAAGCGAACAACGUCCGUAUUCUCGUGCCUCAGCAUCGGAGCAAGAAGACAAAUCGACGAAACAUUGUGGAGUCGGCUUUACUUUCUUCUCGUGAAGUUGCCGAUAGUGCCCGCAAUGGACCUGUCGCUGCUAUCGAUACCCGUGACGAGGUCCUUGCUGCUAUUCGUGGAACGAGACUUUCGGAUACGGAGAGCUGGCGGAGUGUUAUUCAGAAUGCUCCGCUUACUGAACGGAAGUACCUCAGUCAAGUUUAUGAUCUUCUCAUGGAUUUUGCAUCUGAGGCUCGGUCUAGUGAGAGACCUGAUGGCUACACUAAUGCGUUUAUCUACAACUACCGGACCGGCUCGUGCGUUUACUACGACCUCGGCUGCAGCGACAGAUGA